UAAUACAAGAAUAAUUAUUAAAUAUUAUUAUUAGGCAGCCCUUAGCCACUUUCUGCUCUCAAUCACUGAAGAAUGGAGCAAAGUUUGCAGCUGUAAACAUGGUUUCUGUGUGUGUGUGUGUGUGUGUGUGUGUGUAUUAAUAAGGCUUGACCUCAACACUUGCUGUACUCAGAUUUGAAAUGUACAUGGGAUGAAACCCAAAUAAAUAAAUUUGAAUAACAAGUAAUAACUUAUGAGGCACAGCCCAUAUUCUCUCCAAAUCACUGCCAGUUUUUGCCAGUGCAAUCUGGUCUACACUGUUUCCCACAGCAAGGCCUGGGUGCUGCCUGUCAAUCACAUUUUAAAUCCACCCACCCUUGCUAUUGGCUGAGCUGUUCUCAUGUCAUGAUACACUGAGUCAAUAUGUACCCUCAGUUUACAGCCUGAAACUCAUUAGGCCCUGAGGUGGCAGAUGCAGGAAGCAGCUACAUGUUGUAAUACAUCUGUACAGUGGUACCUCGGGUUAAGUACUUAAUUCGUUCCGGAGGUCCGUUCUUAACCUGAAACUGUUCUUAACCUGAAGCACCACUUUAGCUAAUGGGGCCUCCCGCUGCCGCCAUACCGCCGGAGCACAAUUUCUGUUCUCAUCCUGAAGCAAAGUUCUUAACCUGAAGCACUAUUUCUGGGUUAGUGGAGUCUGUAACCUGAAUCGUAUGUAACCCAAGGUACCACUGUAUGUGUAAUGUAGCCUGCACUAAGCUUGUCUGCUACCCUCAAGUGCUGUGGAGGAUGUUGCCGUGUUUCUAACUUUGUACAUGAAGGGACAGGCAUCGUCUUGUCCUUUGCCUCAGGCAGCAUAAUAUAUUGAGCCAUCUUUGUAUUGCAGAACAAUAUACAGUGGUACCUCAGGAUGCAAACGGGAUCGGUCCUUUAACCCCGUUCGCAUCCUGAAUAGAACGUAAGACGCGACGGCGCGUCUACGCGUGCGUGGGUCACGUUUUGCCGCUUCCACGCAUGUGCAUGACGUCAUUUUGAGCAUCUGUGCAUGCACGAGCGGCGAAACCUGGAAGUAUCGCACUCCAUUACUCCCGGGUUGCCGCAGAGCGUAACCUGAAAACGCUCAACCUGAACCAUAUUUAACCCGAGGUAUGACUGUACAGUAGUACCUCGUGUUAAGUACUUGAUUCGUUCCGGAGGUCCGUACUUAACCUGAAACUGUUCUUAACCUGAAGCACCACUUUAGCUAAUGGGGCCUCCUGCUGCUGCCGCGCCGCCGGAGCACGAUUUCUGCUCAUCCUGAAGCAAAGUUCUUAACCUGAAGCACUAUUUCUGGGUUAGCGGAGUCUGUAACCUGAAGCGUAUGUAACCCGAGGUACCACUGUAUCUCUGAAUAGGACCAUAUAUAUUCCCGGUUGAUGGUGACCUUUCCCUAUUUGUGGAAUACCCUUUCUGAUGAAAUGUAUCUGGCUGCCCCAUUAUUAACAUUCAGGAGGAGUUUUAAAACUUUCCAGAGAGAAAAUAGCUUAGCUAACAGAAUUCUUAUCAGCCACCGAUGCACAAGAGGAAUUAUAUGGACACAUUCCCCAAAGGAGACUGUUUGGAAAACAUUUCUCGGGAACUUAGGACUGACUAGGACAUAUUUGAAAAAGAUGGAAGGUCGAAAAGGAUCUAUAGCUGGUUGUUCUGCAGUGUUACUAUUCAGUCAUUUUUUUUACAUGUUUGUUCUUUGGAGUCCAUUACGUUAUUCACAUUUGUUGGUCUCAUCGCUUAUUGUGCUUAAUGCAUAGGAACCCUCGGGGCAUAUUAAUUAUACUGUACGGUUGGCAAAAAAAAGAGCAGAAGGACAAGGGUGCUUGGGAGGCAGAGGAUUCAUGAGCUCAGAAACUGAGCAGGCAGGCAGGGGUAAAAGGUAAAGGUAAAGGGAUCCCUGACCAUUAGAUCCAGUCGUGGCCGACUCUGGGGUUGCGGCGCUCAUCUCGCUUUACUGGCCAAGGGAGCUGGCGUACAGCUUCCAGGUCAUGUGGCCAGCAUGACUAAGCCGCUUCUGGCGAACCAGAGCAGCACACGGAAACGCCGUUUGCCUUCCCUCCGGAGCUGUACCUAUUUAUCUACUUGCACUUUGACGUGCUUUCGAACCACUAGGUUGGCAGGAGCAGGGACCGAGCAACGGGAGCUCACCCCGUCACGGGGAUUUGAACCGCUGACCUUCUGAUCUGCAAGUCCUAGGCUCUGUGGUUUAACCCACAGCGCCACCCGUGUCCCACAGGCAGUUAGGGGAAGACAAGCUAAAAUGCACCUGAUAUUAACUGGCUAGCUAUAUUUGUGGAUCGAACUGCACACAGCAGGAGAAAACCAACCUCCCUUUCAAAUCAGUGAAAUUUAACAGGGUCACUGGAGUGGCCAAAUUAAUCUAGAGAAAAUCCCUAUUUGAUAUCAAAUAUGUGCUUACUUGGCUAUAAUUAUAGACUACUCUUCAGAGUAGUAAACACAGUAUAAAAAAAUGAAACAAUUAAUUAAUCCUCAUCGGACCAAGACAAGAAAUCAGCAGCGAGCAUUUGAAUUCCUCUGCCCACUUACAGACCUAUUCCCAAACUGCUAUGUGAAAAUAUGUGUUUAAACUGCCAUCUAAAAAAAAAGUCAGGGAAAGAGGGAGUUCCACAAAUGGGGGGCUACCACAGAGAAGACCUUCUCCUGCUUCACCCUGUAACAGGCCACCCCUGCUGUUGGGACCACACAAAGGGAGAUAUGGGAAGAGGCAUUCCAUCGGGUAAUGAUUAUCUCUGUUUUCCCGCAAUAACAUCCCCAUCAUCAGAAACACUGCUUCCUUUGUUUGCUCUCAGGGCCCCCGGUUAUGCUUGGUAGGGUCUUUCUGGAUUUCAAUCUCUGCCUCUGCUGUGAGGCACAGGGCAGCCCAGGCUGGACUCUAGACCCCAGAGAGCUAAACAUUUAACAGGCAGGGGGCAAAGGUGAGCCUUGCAGGAUGUUCCCUGCAGAGGUGGAUUCUCCAAGUGAGUUGCCUGCCAUUCCUGCAAUGGAGGGUCUGUGGUGCUAUCUCUUCUACUUCUACGGGGUCCUUGUGGACGCUCUCUCCUUGUGUGAGGGUCCCACGAAGCUGCAUGCCAGCGAGCUGAACCGAGAUCAGGUAGUUGAAGCCGAUGGAGGGCAGCUGGGGUUGACGGCAGGUGGAAGCCUCUUAAAUGUCCUGAAGGAGCGUCUCCACCCCCAUCGUUCAGCCCGGACACUGAGAUCCAGCCCUGAGGGCCUUCUGGUGGUUCCCUCAUUGCGAGAAGUAAGGUUACAGGGAACCAGACAGAGGGCCUUCUCAGUGGUGGCGCCCGCCCUGUGGAACGCCCUCCCUUCAGAUGUGAAGGAAAUAAGCAGCUAUCCUAUCUUUAAAAGACAUCUGAAGGCAGCCCAGUUUAGGGAAGUUUUUAAUAUUUAAUGCUAUAUUGUUUUUAACACUCAAUUGGGAGCCGCUCAGAGUGGCUGGGGAAACUCAGCCAGAUGGGUGGGGUAUAAAUAAUAAAUUAUUAUUAUUAUUAUUAUUAUUAAAAUGCUUCUGUGUUCAAGCAGGUAGAACCCUUGAAGAACGAAGAGACCUUCAUCCAGCAUUUGGGGGGUGGGGAGCGAAAUGCACAUUAUUAUUAUCACUAUUGAUCCUACUAUUAUUUUUCCAUCACAGUGGAAUCUUGGUUCUCGAAUGCCUUGGUACUCAAACAUUUCGGCUCCCGAAUGCCGAAAACCUGGAAGUAAGUGUUCCAGUUUUCAAACAUUUUUCAGAACCCAAAGGUCUGAUGCGGCUAUCAGCUAUUGUUUCUGGGGCUCUUAUGCCAAUCGGAAGCCGCGCUUUGCUUUUCGAACGUUUCGGGAGUUGAAUGGACUUCCGGAACGGAUUAUGUUCGAGAACCAAGGUACCACUGUAUUUUUUUAUUGCCCCCCUAGUAGCAGGUGCAUUUUUUUUUGAACAAUGAAAGCAAAGUAUCCAAAUGAAAAUUAAGAACCUGAGGAAAAGCAUGCUGGAACGGAUAAAAGAUCCAUCUAGUGAAGGGAUGGGGAAACUGUGGCCCUGCUGUUCCGACUCCCAACUCCCAUCAGCCCCAGCCAGCAAGGCCAAUGGUGAGGGAUGAUGGGAGCUGUAGUCCAGCUACAUCUGGAGAGCCACGCAGGAUCCCGUUCCCUGAUCUAGUCUGUGCCUUCUUGUUUCUCAUUGGUGCCACCUGGAAAGCACGCAAGCAGGGCACAACUCCUGCCCCUGGGGGAGACCCAGAGGAGGUUUAUCAGAGGCGGAUUUAAGGGAGUGCAUCAGCUUUGGUUGUGCUGGUGCGGAGCCUCGGGCACUGCAACUAUUGUGUAGGAUGGAAGGCAAGAGGUGGGGGUGGCGAAUUUAGGCAUUGCUGCUGAAAGUUGAGACUUCCACUGGUUUCAGGGGUCUCGCAGGAGGUGGAAAGGGGGAGAAAGUCUCAUUGUGCAAGCAGACCUCAUUCUGUACACACAUACAUCAAUGAGUGUCAUGCUUAAUUCUACCCCCUGUCCUUCUGCUUUUUAAUUAUUUUAAUCAGGUUUUUUGGAAGGGAGCCUUUGGGGCUUUGUUUGCGAAGUGGCUGUUUCCUGCAUUUAUGAUCUGGACUAACUUUUACUCAGAGUAGACCCAUUGAAAUUAAUGUGCCUAAGUUAGGCAUAGCCAUUAAUUUUAAUGUAAGGCUGUCAUAUGUCCAGAAUUUCCCGGACAUAUCUGAGAUUUGUCCAGACGGAAUUUCUGAAAAUCAGUAAAAUGUUCGGGAAGAACCAGGCGUAUGGCAACCCAUCUCGGAAGUGUUGAUUUUUUGCCAAAUUUCCUUUUUAAAAAAUAGCUAAAAAACGUCAUUGGGGGGGUGGGGAGCUCAACAACUUUUGUAUCCAGAUUUUCACUUUUUGAAAUAUGGCAACCCUAUUUUAAUGGCUCUCCUCUGAGUAGGACUAACAGUGGCCAUGGCCAUGUAGGUGGGGGUUCUUAGCAUCACCAUUUUCUUCUUCUGUGAAAUGGGUAUUUUGUGGUGCUCGUUAUACAUUAUCAGGUUUUGAAAUGUGCCCUGGGCCAAAGAAGGUUGGGAAUACCUUGGGAAAGAGCCAUCCAAGUUAAAAGACUCAGUUUUUGCAUGUAACAUGUAGUUUGGCCUAAGGCCAAGACAUCUGAGGCGAACCACAAAAUGUGGCCCCACCUGCAGCCAGGGAAGAAGGGAUGAGUGAAGGUCUACACCAGGAAAAAGGGAGAAAUUAAUUUCUACUUUGGGAACAAGGGAAAAGUAAAGAUCUAUACAGUGGUACCUCGGGUUAAGAACAUCUGAAGGCAGCCCUGUUUAGGGAAGCUUUUAAUGUUUGAUAUAUUACAGUAUUUUAAUAUUUUUUUGGAAGCUGCCCAGAGUGGCUGGGGAAGCCCAACCAGAUGGGUGGGGUAUAAAUAAUAAAUUAUUAUUAUUAUUAUUAUUAUUUAAGAACUUAAUUCGUUCUGGAGGUCUGUUCUUAACCUGAAACUGUUCUUAACCUGAGGUACCACUUUAGCUAAUGGGGCCUCCCGCUGCCACCAUCGCAUGAUUUCUAUUCUCAUCCUGAAGCCAAGUUUUUGGGUUAGCGGCGUCUGUAACCUGAAGCGUCUGUAACCUAUAGCGCCUGUAACCCGAGGUACCACUGUACUGAAAACAAGGUGUGGGAAUCAAACCAACCUUAUCCAAUGGUUGAAGUGAGAAUUAAAGGUCAUGUCACUGCAGAAGAAGCAGGUGACUCAUUUCUUUGAGGCUGAAUCUGCUGCUCCUGUGGAUCCUGCUACCUGAGGCAGCUGCCUCACCUUGCCUCAUGGGUGUGCUGGCCCUGCUUUGUCCCCAGGUGUGACUCAAUUCUCCCCUUUGCAGUAUAUCGGCAGGUGGUUCUUCACUGCAGCAGCCGCGGCAUCACCUUCCUCACUGGAGACGUUCGCCAGCACUGACAGCAGCAUCUUCAGCAUGACACAAACCAGCAGCCCAGAGCGGUUGCAACUGGAAGCUGCCAUCCGACUGUGAGUUCCUUUUCCCCUUUGACCCUUUCCCCGCAAAACACACUACUUUCCCAGGGAACCCAGGCUGAGCAAAGGCUCUCCAGGGCCGGUGUAGGGAAAUAACAAAGAAGACUGUUUCUCGAGCAUGUGCAGAGCACAGGACUCGAGAUGUUUCGACAAGGCAAAAGAUCCAAAUGGGACUCUCUACGUAGGACUCCCCACCUGCUCUGUGGAUACCUUGAGGGGAGGGGGAGUUCAGAGAUUUUGUAGGAGAGGAUCCCCCAAGUUGGUAGUGUUGUAGAAAAAAUUGGAGUUGGCUUUUACACUCCAACUCCCCUCAAAGGAUUCAGUGUCCCCUAAGUUCGUUAUCGGUCAGAGAAUGGAAUCCCGUUGCUCGGUCCCUGCUCAUGCCAACCUAGCAGUUCGAAAGCACAUCAAAGUGCAAGUAGAUAAAUAGGUACCACUCCGGCGGGAAGCUAAACAGCAUUUCCGUGCGCUGCUCUGGUUCGCCAGAAACGGCUUAGUCAUGCUGGCCACAUGACCCGGAAGCUGUACACCGGCUCCCUCGGCCAAUAAAGCGAGAUGAGCGCUGCAACCCCAGAGUCGGCCACGACUGGACCUAAUGUUCAGGGGUCCCUUUACCUUUACCUAAGUGCGUUAUCAGUCAGAGAGAAAUGGAUGGAAGCAGGAACCAGUCUGAGCAAGGAAGAUAUUUAUUUUUCUGCUGCAACAGUGCCUCCGCCCUGCUUUGCAAGGAGGCAAGGACCCAGAACAAGAUGUACAAGAACUUUUAAAGGCUUUAGAAAUUGCCCAAUCUCUUAGCCAAAAACCAGCCAAAAGCAUCACACAAGCAUCACAGAAGGAGGUGGGUCUACAACAGAAAUUUGCGUGUGUAACUCAUCUCCUGUCUGUCAAGGUACCUGAGAAUGUUUGCUGGCUAUUGUUUCCUGGCUAGUCAGGGCUAUUCCUCCCAAAUGGUAAAUACCUACUGAUACACAGUAGAUUCUCUUUUGACAGGUCUGCUUUGCCUUUAACAAAUACUUGCCAGACCGAUUUGCAGGGUCUGCAAGUGAAAGAAAAUAUUGGAAAAGGUUUCCCAAGAUGAGAGGAAAUGGCUUCGGGAUUGCUCAAAUGAACUCAAAUGAAGCGUAAUUUUCUCAGGGAAUAUUUCCUAAAUUUUGAAAGGCGACAGAUUGGUUUUCUGUGGAGUGUGUUUCCCCAAUGUGUGUGCACCCUAAGUUUUAAAAUAACAGUAGACACCCCCAGUCCUUGCAGAAGAAUACUGGGAGGAGGUCACACCAAAAAAGGCCAGGUCCAUGCACUGGUGCUUACAAUGGAAGAACCAACACCAGGAGUUGGCAUCAUUGGGCAUUUGCCAAGGCCCCACUGCCACUCUGGAGAUGCCUGGCUUUGCUGUUGUUGGCUAAUCGCCUAUGUUUUCUGGACAUGCAUCGCCCACAUGCCUUCUGCUGUGCCCCUGAAGGUGCGCAGUCUGGGAGUCAUUCUGUACUCGCAGCUGUCCAUGGAGGCGCAGGUCAAUUCUGUGUCCAGGGCAGUUGUUUACCAGCUCCAUCUGGUACGCAGGCUGAGACCCUACCUGCCCAUAGACUGUCUCGCCAGAGUGGUGCAUGCUCUGGUUAUCUCUCGCUUGGACUACUGCAAUGCACUCUAUGUGGGGCUACCUUUGAAGGUGACCCGGAAACUACAACUAAUCCAGAAAGCAGCAGCUAGACUGGUGAUUGGGAGCGGCCGCCGAGGCCACAUAACACCGGUCUUGAAAGACCUACAUUGGCUCCCAGUACGUUUCCAAGCACAAUUCAAAGUGUUGGUGCUGACCUUUAAAGCCCUAAACGGCCUCAGCCCAGUAUACCUGAAGGAGCGUCUCCACCCCCAUCAUUCUGCCUGGACACUGAGGUCCAGUACCGAGGGCCUUCUGGUGAUUCCCUCACCGCGAGAAGCCAAGUUACAGGGAACCAGGCAGAGGGCCUUCUCGGUAGUGGCGAACGCCCUCCCACCAGAUGUCAAAGAGAACAACAACUACCAGACUUUUAGAAGGCAUCUGAAAGCAGCUCUGUUUAGGGAAGGUUUUAAUGUUUGAUGGACUACUGUAUUUUAAUAUUUUGUUGGAAGCUGCCCAGAGUGGCUGGGGAAACCCAGCCAGAUGGGCAGGGUAUAAAUUCUUCUUCUUCUUCUUCUUCUUCUUCUUCUUCUUCUUCUUCUUCUUCUUCUUCUCUGUGAGGGGUGGGGGUGGGGGUGGGGAGCCGUAUCACUGUCCUUCCAUAGCCCUUUUCUUCCAUCUGUCCAAAUCACUUUUUUUCAAGGAAAAAUCUAGAUGGGUACUUUGCCAAAGAUGCAUGUUGUAGCUAUGAGAAAUCCUGGUAUUUAAUUGAGUGUAUUGUUACGUCAGCUGGAGUGAUAUUGCAAAAUAUGCAGGAUUUAAAAAUAAAUUAAGAGGUAACAUGUUAAGAGGCCCCCCCAAGGCCUCUCAGUUGUCUCUGACGCCCUGCCUUACCAAACCUACCUCAAAGAAUCCAUUACAUUUGGCUGUUUAGCCAUCUAUCAAUCUCUCUCUCUCUCUCUCUCUCUCUCUCUCUCUCUCUCUCAGGAAGACAGGCCAAUGUGUUCCCAGAUCAUGGAUUUACUUACUUAAGGAGCAGAGUGCUGAUCUGGCUACAGAAGGUAAGGCAGAACUUCCUUUUCUAAUGGCUCCUUUGAUAAGCCCACUCUCAAAGCUGAGCUCAGAACAGGACUGGCCCUCUCAGCAGGCAGAGGGAGGAGCGUUGCAGGUAGGGAGAAGCAGCAGCAAGGUGUUUAGGGGGCAGGACUGCGUGUGUCAUGUGGCCUGCCGACUGCAUACCUCAGGAGCAGCUGAAGACACUGCCCGUGUUGUUGUUUUUCCGAAGUAGUCCUUUUUGUUAUUUGCUGUUCAAGUCCUUUUGUGUUUUGAAAGUGGUAACGUUCCUGUUCACGGGGAUUAAGUUAAACUCUUAAGAAAAUUCUACAGUGGAAGGAGAACUUCUUACAAUCGCCCUCUGAAAAUAAAGCAUUCAUUUGUCACCUAGCAGAGACCAGGAGCUGAAGCAGUAAGAGCAAAAAUCCACAUUUCAAUUAGGUGGAGAGGUUUUGGUUUCUGUCCCACGGAGACCACAGCAGCCCCACUUUGAUGCUCUUUGUUCUCCAACUUGCACAAGUCAAGUAACCCUCCUCCCAAGUAGCACACAGUGCCCUUUGGUUUCUUCUUUGAGCCCAGGGUUGCAUCUAAUGGAAGUGUUAGAAUGCAUCCAGCAUAGGUGCAUUUUUUGUGUAGAUAUACUGCACUGCCAGACAAAUAUCAAAUGUAGUUUAAACGAACUGAUAGAUGCUGCUCCCCAACCUCCCAUGUUUUAGGGGGAAAAGUUGCUCCUGCCUACAAAGUGUUUUUGGUAGCAACAAUCUCAACAAAACUAGUUGUUUGUUUGGUAAACUUUGUUUAGACACUGCCUGUGUUGACCUAAGAUUAAUCUGCAAGUCCAGCCAGCUUCUCUGUGUGGUAAUGGGAGGAGAGUGUCAUCUUGUCCUUCUCUUCCUGCAGCAAAAUGUCUCGGGCCAGCCCCAGUUCAGAAAAAUAGCAUGGUAUAGCCAGUGUUAGCAAAUGAGAUAUGAAAGCUAGGAGCUAAACGGCACCUUAAACCUAGGUAAUGGGCGCAGCAACGGACUGUCUAGGCAUACUUUUUUUAUAACAAGAAUACAAAGCUGAAAAUGAGUGGACUGCGCUAAAAUAUUCUAUUCAUUUUCACAUGGUCUAGUCCUUCCCCUGCCCAUCCCCCUAAUAUUCUUAAGAGGGUCUCUUCUCCAAUCUGCAGAGAGUAGCUGGACGUGGGGAGGCCGGAAAAGGUCCUCCUUUCCUUCCACUCUGCAGUUUUAAUAGGCACAGUACCACACCCAGAGCUCAGAAACUGCUUGCACUAAUGAAAUUCUCCAUCCAAAAUGCACCUAGAACAAUGGGAGUUUUGAACGUUGGGUAUAUCCCAAUAUGUUUGAACCCUGUGCCCGAGGUUUUCUGUUUUUGUAUAGCCCUACUGGGACUGAGGUGGCAUUAAAUCCUGCUACAUUUGGGUGGCACUGUGGGUUAAACCCUUUACCUUUACUAGGCCUGGGGUGGCAUUAAAUCCUGCUGCAUUUGGCUGCGUGCCCCAGUUACCCACAGGGAACUAGGGUGCGUAGCCAUACUGAGCAGUCCUGCUUCACUGUCUACGUCCUCUGCCUCCCUGCAAAGUGAACUAUCUUAACGUGAGUUGGGCUUCCAGGAUAUUGAUAAAGGUAAAGGGACCCCUGACCAUUAGGUGCAGUCGUGGCCGACUCUGGGGUUGCGGUGCUCAUCUCGCUUUAUUGGCCGAGGGAGCCAGCGUACAGCUUCCGGGUCAUGUGGCCAGCAUGACUAAGCCGCUUCUGGCUAACCAGAGCAUCGCACGGAAAUGCCGUUUACCUUCCCGCCAGAGCGGUACCUAUUUAUCUGCUUGCACUUUGAUGUGCUUUCGAACUGCUAGGUUGGCAGGAGCAGGGACCGAGCAAUGGGCGCUCACCCUGUCGCGAGGAUUCGAACCGCCAACCUUCUGAUCAGCAAGUCCUAGGCUCUGUGGUUGAACCCACAGCGCCACCCUCAAUUUACCUCUACAUUCAGUUGCUUGAAUUUGUUUGGUAUGUACCUCGACUUGAGUAAAUGGGUUAUUUGUCUCACCUGCGUUCUGAAGUGGUAUAGUCCUGGGAAGGCUGCACCAUGGAAAUCUGUGCAUCAGCCUGCAGCUCCCAUCUCUCUUGACCUAUGAACAUGUUUCUUUCUCUCCGACUUCCCCACUCCAGGCCGCCCUCACAUGAAGACAGAGCUGUUCUCUGGCAAGUGCCCCGACUCCAUCAUUGUCCAGGAAACAGACCGAGACUACCAGAGGAUCCUUCUGUACUGUGAGUCCCUCAUCCACAGAUGUCUGAACUGGGGAGCUUAAUUGGGUUAGAGCUGGGGUCAGCAAACUUUUUCAGCAGGGGGCCGGUCCACUGUCCCUCAGACCUUGUGGGGGGCUGGACUAUAUUUUUUUGGGGGGGGAGAAAUGAACAAAUUCCUAUGCCCUACAAAUAACCCAGAGAUGAGAGUCCCCGAUUAUAAAAACAUAGAAAAUGGGAGAUACAUAGCCACUCCAGCAACAUAUCUCUAUAUCCUCGCAUCCAGAAACGCAAGAAGGGCUUUUACUCUUGCUAGAAGUUCAGCCUUGCUCUCACCGGUUCUGGAAGUCUCCUAUAGAAGAGUCCUGUACGCACAGAGACUUUGCGCCUGCCCAUUAGGGGAAAUAGGAAGCCCCAAACACACCCCGUAUUUUUCGCUCCAUAAGACGCACCUGACCAUAAGAUGCACCUAGUUUUUAGAGGGGGAAAGCAAGGGGGGGAAAUUCUGCGCAGAGCAUAUAAGCGGCUCUUGCCUUUCUUGCUUUAAACCCUUCCGUCCCCCCUCCCACUUCGCCGAAAAGCCAGCAGAGCAAGCUGUGCAGCUCUCGCUGAAGCCAGCAGAGCAAGAGCGAUAGCUGCACAGCGCCUCUUCUGCUGACUUCCCAGCAAAGCGGGAUGAGGGACGAAAGGGAGCCCUUACAAGGGAUUGCUGAGCAGAGCCUGGCAGCGGCUCUUGCUGGCUUUUCCGGGAGGUGGGGGAAAGGACAGAGGGCAGCCCGUCAGUCCCUUCUCCCACCUUGCGGAAAAUCCCGCAAGUGCCGCACACAAGCUCUCUUUAAAGAGAGCACGGCUCCAGCAAGAGCCUCCCGCCUGCAUUCGCUCCAUAAGACGCACACACAUUUCACCUUACUUUUUAGGAGGAAAAAAGGGUGUCUUAUGGAGCGAAAAAUACGGUAUUUUUUAGAUGUCCUUUUUAUGCUGACAUUUGUAGAGACACCGUUGAUCCUUUGCUGAAGAGGCUCGCUGAUCUUUCAGACAAGUCUAACCCAGAGAUGCAUUUUAAAUAAAAGCACACAUUCCACUCAUGUAAAAACACGCUGAUUCCUGGACUGUCCGCGGGCCGGAUUUAGAAGGCGAUUGGGCCAAAUCUGGCCCCCGGGCCUUAGUUUGCCUACCCAUGGGUUAGGGUAACGAAUCUUGGAAUUGAAAUGUCCUUGCAUCUGAGCUGCUCUCGUCCUUUCUCCCCAGCCCGAGUCCUCCACCCUGCUGAGGGCUGUAUUUCUGAUUUCAAAGGCAAAGCUUCCUGCCUUGACAUGAACGAAUUCCUGCUUAUACCCAGGACCCAAGGUAGGUAUUACUAGUGAACUGGGUGGUGGUUUACCUGUUGUUGCAACUUUUCCGCUUUUAGCAUCUCUCAGAUGUAGGGUGGCCACAAAUGCAUCACCCCAAAGAGAGGACAAAAGAAAACACAGAUAGGUUCACUUAUACAGUGGUACUUAUACACCUUGGUUCUCAAACUUAAUCCGUUCCGGAAGUCCGUUCCAAAACCAAAGUGUUCCUAAACCAAGGCGCGCUUUCCCAUAGAAAGCAAUGCAAAACUGAUUAAACCGUUCUGGGCUUUUAAAAAUAGCCUCCCAAAAACAACAAUUUAACUAUUUUACUAUCUAACGAGACCGUUGAUCCAUAAAAUGAAAGCAAUAAUCAACGUACUGUACUACAAAAUAAAUAAGACAGUAUUGUAGAUGAUAAAAAUUAAAAUUAAACGAUAGUCAUUGUUUGGGCGGGUUUUUUUUUAAUCCAUUUCUGCAGUCACGCAAUCAAUAAGUAGCUGAACUGGGCUCCACACAGUGGCAAAAACAAAUUAAACGAAAAAGAAUCAAAAACAAAAACGCAAAAUAAAUAGUUAAAAAAAAAAAGCGCCUAACUUAAUCCGUUCUGGAAGUCCGUUUGACUUCUGAAAUGUUCGAAAACCAAGGCGCAGCUUCUGAUUGGUGCAGGCGCCCUGCAAACAAUAGCCAACAGCCACAUCGGACGUUCGGCUUCUGAAAAAUGUUCGGAAACCGGAACACUUACUUCCGGGUUUUCGGCGUUUGAGAACCAAGGUGUUUGAAUACCAAGGCAUUUGAGAACCAAGGUACCACUGAAUAUGGAUUGAUGCAAACUUGGAAAUAAUUAUUAGGAUUUAGAUAGCAGUACUAUACAACAUGUCUCUCGCCACGGUGGGGAAGACCACUCAGUCUGUUGCCCAGGUGGUAACAGCCGAUGGGCAACUUCCAAGCCCCCUCCCCAUGCUUCUUUCUUUUGCACCUCCAAACUGGAUUUGGACUGGAGAGCUCUUCCGAUGGAGGACUGUUUCAAACAGCGGACAGUCCUUUGCAAUGUAGGGCACCUAGUCAACCUUAGUCAGAUGUGACUGCUCCUUUCUACAGAGGCUGUUUCCGAAUCACCCCAAAAUCAAGAUUGUGUACCCCACACUUGCCCUAAGCAAAGCGAUAUCUUGUCAUUAUAGCUCAGCUACAACAUCCCAGAGUUAGAGGAGAGCAAGAUUUCUUGCCCAUGACACACCCGGCUAUGAAAACAACUUCACAUUCCCAUCCCUCGCUCUGCCCUGCAGACUCAAAAUUCACUUCUGGAUUCCAAAGACCAGAGUCACAACUAACUUUGCAAACGUUUGUGUACUAAUCCUCAUUGGCCUUCUCUCUUUCUCUCUUUCAGGUGCCUGUGAAUUCCAAGCAUUUUGACCUCAAACUCCUUGGGUAAGAUAAGCCAUCCUGUCCCCAACCCAAAUACAUAUUUAACUUCCCUACCAUCCUAAAAUCACCAUCUCCCUGUGGUAUGAGUCAAACCUUAGGGUGCCUAAUAGUAAAGAAAUGUCCCUGAUCCUAUAGAUCAGGGUUGGCUUCUAGCUCACUUUUUUUUUUCUUUUUUUAUUAGAUUUUAUAAAGAGAGAUACAAAGCUGAUGAUCAAACAUGUUUUUUGGCUAAACAAAUACGUUGAUCUAGGUAAAAUUAAAAUAUAGAUCCAGAGGAAAAGAAGGGGAAAAGAAAAGAGAGAGAGAGAGAGAGAGAGAGAGAGAGAGAGAAGGAUUAAAAUAGAGAGAAAAUAAAUAAAUAAGGUUAAGAUACUAAAGCACUUCUGGUUCUUCAUCUGUCAGCUAUAUAUAAACAAUAUUCAACUCAUCUGCUCCAAUAUAACACUCAGCACAACUACUUUUUAUAAGUAAACAUUCUCUUCAGCCUUCAAACCCAAAUGCCAUUACAGUCAUGCCUUGGAAGCUGAACGCCUUGCAACUCGAACGUUUUGGAAGUUGAACGGACUUCCGGAAUGGAGUCCUUUCGACAUCCAAGAUACAACUGUAUUUCUUUUUCACACCAAAAGCACUCAGGGCUGAUUUCCUUCAGAACGGAUAGGUUUGAUCUUCUUGCAGUCCAUGGGACUCUCAAGAGUGUUCUCCAGCACCAGAAUUCAAAAGCAUCAAUUCUUCGGCGAUCAGCCUUCUUUAUGGUCCAGCUCUCACUUCCAUACAUCACUAUUGGGAAAACCAUAGCUUUAACUAUACGGACCUUUGUUGGCAAGGUGAUGUCUCUGCUUUUUAAGAUGCUGUCUAGAAUGGGAAUUAGUAGACCCAAUUUGCUCACGUUCAUGAAUUUUAAUGGCGCUACUCUUGAGUGGAACUUAGUUCAGUGCCACCCAAAGGAAGAUGCCUCAUUCAGAGUCAGACAACCGGCCAAGCUAGCUCACUGGCUGGCUGUGGCUUUCCAGGGUUUCAGGCAGGAGACAAUCGUAGCCCUGGCCUGGAGAAGCUGGGGUCUGAACCUGGGACCUUCUGCAUGCAGGGCAGCUGUGCUAUCACUGAGCUACAGCCCUUCCCCAACUUGCAGGCAAACGUCUGUGGCUCAGCAAUAUCAGCCUGCCCCUGGAAUGCAGGGUUGCUUUGUGAAUUCUUCUCCAGGGUGUGUUGUUCUCUGGGUCACAGCCUCAAGUUCACGCAGGGGAAACCAGGAGGGCCUUAGCAAAAGGGCCAGAGCUCAGUCGGUAGAAGUGUUCGAAGUUAUGAAGAGCAUGGGGGCAGAACGGUUUUUCUCCAUCUCUCAAUACUGCCGGAACCCGGGCUCAUCAACCUGAAGCUGAAUCUCGCAAGCUUCAGGCAAAAGAAAGGGCGUUCCGCUCCCACAGGAAGUAGUGAUGAUGGGCAGUGACUCAGGGUGGUUGUGAAAGAGGAUUAGACGAAUUCAUGAUGAAGUAAUCAAUGGCUACUAGAUGAGGCUCAAAACAUUUGUGUCAGUACACGUUUAACGCUGCACCAUGGUUAGGUUGGAAAAGGCAGAGGAGGGGAGAUUUGCAUACAAUGCCCAGCAGAAAAAGGAUUGUACAACAAGCCUCCAGGGCACUCCUGAUCUCGUAACAGACGCCGGGAGUCACCGACAGGCAAUUUUGCUUUUUGGUAUCUACUUACCAGAUCCAGUUCCCCAGUUGCUCACGAAACCAAUGAAAUACGCAACCUCAGAUUCUUUCAGUACCAACCCUCCUCAUUCCUUCCUUUCUUGUUUUCACCUCAGCUUUGGACCCGCUGCGGCAGGACUUAACCGUACACAGAAGCUCGUUUGCCUCACCCACCGGGGGAACGGGUGGUUUUACACGUCCUGUGGUGUUGAAUAAAAUUCCUUUGAGCCAAAAAUGGACUUCCAGGUCUCUGUGUCC